AAGAUACUGAACAAAUUCGAGAUAAAAGAGGGGUGCGAAGAUAAUGAAAUGGCAAAGGAGGAAAAUUUUAAAAGCAAGUUGAAGAAUUUAUUUGGCAUCAAAGAGAGAACUAAUGCUGCAUCAUUUCAUCGUCCACAGACAAAGGAAUUAUUAUUUACUCCAGAGAUAUUAAAGGAUAUUGGUCCAGAGAGUCCAGCAAACAACAGACUGAAAACAAUACGAGAAUUAUGUGACAUUGUACAGCAAAAGAAACUUGAAGAGAACGCAAUAGAGGCAUUGUGGUUCAGUGUCAAAGACCUACUGGAUCAAUCGGUGAAAGCAGAAAACCGCCACACUGCUCUCCAUUUCAUUCAGUGCCUUGUCGAAGGACAGCUUCAAUACCUAGGCAUAUUGAGAGCUCAUUUCUUUCGAGUUGUCAGACAGCUAAAUGUACCUUGUGACUUACCUUACAGAAUAGCACUGUUCAAAGUUUUAAGUGAAAAUGGGAAAAAUUUGCAAGAAUUUGAAGAAUCAGCAGGUCCCUUUCUGUUGGAAUGGAUGCCGUCUGUUGUCAAUACAGAGAAACUUGGGGAAUUUCUGAAACUCUUGGUCCACGUUAUAAAGUACAAUGCUGCGUACUUGGAUGAGGAGGUGGUGGCAGGACUGGUCAAGAACACAUGUGUGUUGUUAAACAGAAGAAGACCUGAAGAGGAUGUGACAUUGUGUUUAGAUGUCCUGGAUGUAGUUCUGUGCUACAGUUACCUGCCCACAGAGUGUCUGGUCAGCUUUAUCUCGGCUCUCUGUCACACGGUCAACAUCUCCAAGUUCUCCGAGGCCAGCUGGGAGUUAAUGAGAAAGUUACUUGGCACACAUCUUGGACACAGCAGUAUUUACAACAUGUGCUGUAUGAUGCAAGAUGUCAAAAAUGUCCAGGACCAGGAACUACUGAGGGGGGUGGUGUACUUUGUGGGCAUGGCCCUGUGGGGCUACAGGAAGGUCCCCACCCUCAGGCACACCUUCUCCUCCGUGCUGCCAUCUUUCUUACAGGUGCUGCACACAAACAGCUUCAUCGUGGCCCACGAGGUGGUGCUGAACAUACAGCGACUGGUCCGUAAGUACGGCAAGGACCUUCAGCUUGUCACCUGGCACAUUGUGUUGGACAUACUGGAGAGGCUGCUCAAACUGACAGAGAAUCCGACAUUUGCUCAACCAUCCUAUGACCCUCGGCUUCAGGCCGACCUCCAUGACAUUCUGACAAACAUUGAACAGCUCCACGCCCAGGGACAGUUCUCAGGCUGUAUCACCAGAUUCUUUAAAAUCAUUGAAAUGUGUGCCAACAAGAGACCGGAGAGCUCUGUGACCUUACUGAUAGAACACCAAGCUCAACAAAUCAACCCUUCCAAAGAAAACUGGGUCACACACCUGCAUCAGCUGCUGGAGAAAUACUUUAAGAAUGAAACCAGGACUCAGAUACGGGUGAAGGCCCUGGAUAAGCUAAACCUGGUUCUCAGCAUCAACAAACACAUUCAUGAGGAUGUUUUGAUCAACAGAGUCGUGUUGCCCCACCUGUGCCAUAUAGAGGCUGACCCUGACCCUCAAGUCAGGAAGGUAGCAGCAGACAUGUUGCUAUUGCUGGCUAAUGGAUGUACUCCAUCUUGCUUUGUGGAGAUCAUGGCAAUCAUAGAAAAGUUGAUUAACCGGCCCCUGUCUGCUCAUCUUGCCUCGCCCUAUUCAAAGCUGGAAGGGUCGGAGGUCAUACAUCAGCUAGAGGAACACCAGCUGGAGGAUGUGAAGACAGCCAUGUUGGGACUGGUGGAACUCUUCAAGCAAAAAUUAUACACGGACCCCCCCAGCCAUUGCUUGAAGAUCUACGACCUGUUGCUGCUACACAUGAAGCACCAGUACACCGAGCCCAAAAACUUCAUGAGCCACACUGCAGUUCAGAUCAGGAAAAAUGUUGUAGAAGUGCUGCUUUACAUGAGAGCUGACAAUCUGUUUAGACUUGGAUUCAUGGACAAGAAUGUAGAUGCCCACUUAGCAUUUAGUCCGUACCUUAGCUGUGCGGAAGUACAACCAAACUUCAGUGAAAUGGAAGAAGAGGAGAACAACUCCAUAACCACAGACACCGUGGCAUUCAUGUGGUCAGAGUCCGCCUACCUGGACUAUAAAAAGUCAUUUAGUCUUUUCUUGUCCUGUUUAGAAAAUGACAAGGACUGGGAGGUGUUGGAGCGCGUGCUGGUCAACCUGCCCCUCCUCCUCCAGAACAAAACCCUCAUACUGUCAGCCACGCAUGACCUCAUCAACUCCCUCUGCCAUCAACUCUGUGCCAUGGUUAAUGACCGACAGCUGAAUUUCCCUGAGAAGCUUCAUGGAACCCCAUCAGGUAAAUUCACCCGGUCCGACUUCCACACCUUUGUAUUUCCUGUGCUGGCCUCUAUGGUUUCCUAUCACAAAUAUCUGGACAGAAAUAGAGCGAUGGAGAUGAUAAAGUGCUUGGAGUUUGGACUGGUGUCAAAGUGUGCCAAGACCUGCACCAACUCGCUGAGGAUCUGUACCCUGGAGAUGCAGGAUGUGAUGAUGCGACUCCUCCCCUCGGUGCUGCUGCAGCUGUCUAGAAUCUCUGCCACCGUCCACAUGGCCAUUCCUGUACUGGCGUUCCUAUCAAGUAUUGUAAGACUACCACGCAUGUAUGCUAAUUUUGUGGAAGAAGAGUACCGCAGUGUGUUUGCUAUAGCCCUGCCCUACACCAACCCCUUCAAGUUUAGCCAUUACACUGUGUCUUUGGCCCACCAUGUUAUAGCUAUCUGGUUUAUGAGAUGUCGUCUUCCCUUUAGAAAAAGCUUUGUCAAGUUUAUCCAAAAGGGUUUACAAGCCAACAUCAUACAACAGUUUGAAGAGAACGCCAUUAUUCAUCAGCAGCAGCAGCAGAAUCAAAACCAGGACUCCAGUGACCGUAGUCGAUCCAGCAGCUUCAACGAGGCCGCAUAUAGAAACCGCAAGAGGAUGUACUCUGGAUCGGCCAUUUCCCGCCAGAACUACCAGGCACCUGUAGACAACAAGCUGUCCCAGUAUCACCAUGAACUGACAGAGACCUGUCUAGACGUCAUGUCUCGCUACACUUACGGCAAUUACAGUGCCAUCCCAGCAAGAUCACCGGUAGCAGAGUUUUUGUUAGCUAAUGGCCAGUCUCAAACAUGGCUGCUUGGAAAUAAGGUUGUGACCAUAACAACCAGUGGGGGUGGAGGAAACAAGUCUAACAAUGCAGGGCUGUGUGACAAAUGUCUUGCUCUUUACCAGAACAAUGGAGAGCCACCGGAACCAAAACCGGCGCAACCUUCCACCUCGACCAGGAGGCGCCAUAAGUCGGCAUUUGUUACUCGUAGUGCUUCGACUAUAGAAAGCAAGGCCAGUACUGACGACAUUGGCAUUCAGCCAAGGAUGUCGUUCGAUGACAUGAUGAACAGUCCAGGGAGUACCCCGGAGCAUGAGGUAGCUCAGGUAGGGGUCCAGACCGGGUCCUCUCUCUCUGACCACACCCCAACAAAACUUGGACUGGAGACAGAGGCUAUGGAGGCCUUUCUUAUAGGUAUACAGAAGAAGCAUACCUCUGAUGGCAGAGUGUUUCAGAACAAUACUUGUUCCUGUUGGUGCACUGUAUGGGCAGAGAUCUUCAUUCGAGGCCCCAGUGGCAACGUGGCCUGGAUGAUGCGCAUUGAAAAUGACCCAUCCCACACAUCCAUGCAGGAGUCCCAGGCCCCAGACAUUACCAUGUUAUUUGCGUCCGUUCAAAAGAAGGAGCCUGACCUGGAAAGUCUGCACAGCCGCAUAGAGAGUGGAAGCAUCGGGGAAGCAGAGUACGAGUCUCUGUAUGACCAACAUUUCCCAUCAGACCACAGUCAAGAUGGAGACCUGUGCAGUACUAAUUCUAUCAGGAUUAGUAUCGAGGAUGACUCAGACGACGGUCAUGCAAAAAGAAUGACCCAAUUGUCAGAAGAUGAGAAGAAGAGAGAAGAAUCCGAUCCUAAUGGUCUGGCCAUUCCUCCUCCUUCAAUAAGCAAGGAGCAGCUAAAGUUCACGUCCCUUCAGCGCAGUAACUCCUCUCCCUCCCUGCUGAGCUCAAGUGGAGAAAACCUGGACCCACGGGACAGUCAGUCGGAAAUAGUGAUGAUUGACAACCUGCAAAUAGCGGAAAGGAAAGGGGAGAUAACUCAGGACAAGCCUGAGACUUCCAUGCUGUCUUCUAAACUUCAGCACCCACAGGAUCUACCCCUCCAGACUGACCACCCCCACCCCACACAGAACCAGAUCGUCUCCCCUGCCAGCCCAUCCCCAAGCUCUGAAUCCUCGUCAUUGCAUGAUGAGGUGAAAGAGCUACCCGACUUCAGGAAGGUGAGAGGUCACACCAUAUCUGUGGUCCAGUCCGCCAGGGAUGGACUGAAGUCUGGGGGGUCAGGCGGCAAGGAGUUGGGGAAGGGAGGCAUUAACCCCAGCUUUGUGUUUCUGCAGCUGUAUUAUGAUGGAGUCUUUAGUUCAGCUACCAACAAUUCAACUAGUCCUCUGGUCAUACCACAAAAUGAUACCACCACUCGAGCUUUGAAGAUGUUGGACCACAUUCAUCCCUACGAGACUCAUAAAAUAGGUGUCAUAUAUGUUGGACCUAGGCAGACAAAAGACGAGAAAGGUAUUCUGUCUAACCAGUACGGGUCGGAGCGUUACGCGGCCUUUGUCCAGGGUCUGGGUCAGCUCCUCCGUCUGUCAGACUGUAACCCUGACCGGGUCUAUAUAGGUGGGCUGGACUGCCAGGGCAAGGACGGUCAGUUUGCUUACAGCUGGCAGGAUGAAUCCAUGCAUGUGAUAUUUCAUGUGGCCACCCUGAUGCCAAACAGAGAUAGUGACCCGAACUGUAACGCCAAAAAACUACACAUUGGGAACGAUUACGUGACCAUAGUGUAUAAUGACAGCAAUGAGGACUACAGGAUCGGGAUCAUUAAGGGACAGUUUAAUUAUGUGAACAUUGUGAUUCGUCCUCUAGACCAUGAAAGCAAUGCAGUCACCUUACAGGCAAAGGAAGAUUUGAGUGAAUCAUUGCCUUUCAAAGACAGUAUUACAACAGAUAUAGCAGACAUUCUGGGUCACAAGGACACUAAGGUUAUCUCCGAUGAUAACUUGGCUGCCCUAGUCAGACAGAUCGCAGUCAACUGUGAUCUUGCCUCCCUGGUUCUUCAGAGGCAGCAGUCUCAGCCUCAGGACCCCUACGCCUCAAACUGGCUGGAGCGACUUCGUCAGAUCAAACGACUGAAGGCCAAGGUCAUUAGUAGCACAGAUAAACAAAACCUCAGCGACAUCAUGGUCUAGAUGCCUUGCCACAGCAUUUUGUCAUCAUUAACCUUAAGACACCUGUAAACAAAUGUUGUGAACUUUGUUGAUCUGUGCAGUUGAAAAGAUUUUGGAUUGUUGAUGUAAUUGUACAUGUGAUACAAGCUACAAUUUGCAUUUCCCAAGUGAAUGUAUUAUGUGUACUGCUUACAGCAUAAGUCCAAGCAAAAUGAUAGUGUGCUUUUAAUUGCCAACAAUCUUAAAUUUCAAGCUAUGAAUUACAUGGAAAAUAAUCAUAGCAUGAACUGUAUUAAAGUGAUGUGUCAUAUAAAGAAUUGCUAGCAAUUUAAAACAUAACCAAAAUGAUGGCAUGCUGUAAAUAGCGUAAAAUGGUAAACUUUCAUGUCCAUUUAAUGAUGAUACUCUGUAAAUUGCUAGCCUGUAUUGUAAACUGCUUACAACAGAAACAUACAUUUGUUCUAGCAUCUUGAAUGUACAAAAGUGGAUAAAACUGAAAAUCAAAACCAUUGGGUACAUGUACAUAAUGAUGUCAACAGCCCUCAAUGUGUUAUAUUUCGCAUGUUAGUUAUUUGUAACAAAAUGAUUUUUUAAUAAGUUAGCAUGUAUUUAGUGCAUUUCAUGAAUCUUAAUAUUCAUACACCUGUAUGCAUGACAUUUGGCCAUGUACAGGUAGUUGAAUAAGUGAAAUUUGCAUUCCAACAAAAUACUAACAGAGUGAAAUUAUAAGUUUGGCAGAGUGAAAAAUCAUAAUUUGCAACAGUUUUGUAGAACCCUAAUAUGUCACACUGUAUGAUAUAUAUGACCUUUUUACAUUUUUGGGUGAUGAAGAUAUAUUUAUUGGCUCAGGCUCCACCGUCACCAAAAUUUUCAAAUCCCUCAACUCAUUCCUCAACUCAAAUCCUGUAAAGAGAAGUGCAUAAACUUGAGGUCAAACCUCAGAUUUGAGGCUGAGUAUUGACUUGAGGAAAAUUGGUGACAACGGAGCC